AUGAUUUUUUAUAAUAAAGAUCAACUUCAUAUCGAUAUAGCUGCAAGUUGGAUGUCCAACGGAAUUUUGUUUUUGACAUUUGAAAUCUUAAUUUGGCAAAUUUGGUCAAUCGAGCCCAACACCUUAGGCCUGAUACAUGGAUCCGUAGACUUGGGAGAAUGUUUUCCCUCUAGAUCCACUUGGUAUGAAGCCAUCGAACAUGGUAACUGUGGAUAUGGUCCACUCUUAGGUCCAACUGGUCCUGGAAAUCAAUUUAUUGCUGCUGCUGCCACUGUUUUAUAUAAUGGUUCCUAUAUUGUUGAUCAAUGUCCAGAUCCAGGAUGGUGUGAUACUUCUUUCCCACAUUUGGAUCUUAGUCCAAUGAGUUUUGAUAAAGUUGGUGGUCCAGAUUUGGGUGUUGUCAUGACUUCCGCCAAGAAGGUUUCCUGUGACUAUGUAGUUGGAAAUAUCAAGUUGUUCAUGAAGGAUGCCGCCACCUCCACUCAGUGGUUCGAAUUUAUGAUUUUCAAUCAUAGAACCGGUUUGGAUCAUGUUAUCAUUCAAACUGCCGACGGCAUUGAAAUCAAUCUUCCACGUACCACUUACAACUACUGGAGCUACAACGGUGACAAGGGUCAAGUGAAAUUCCCAAUUGUCGCUCAGGUCUACGAUCAAUACGGUAGUCGUGUCGAUGUCUAUGUCCAAGCAUUCACCGGUGCUGUCACUUCACUCGGACAAGGCCAAUUCCCAGAGCCAGUCACCAGCUUCGCCAACGAUACCUGUCAAUCGCCGUUCCCAGUCGACUCUAACGGUAAUGUCUACCAAAACGGUUUGGUAACACCUUUGAAUGUCAAGAAUCCAAACCUCGGAUGGGCAGACUGGAGCUACAGUGCCACUAUCAACUGGUGUGAGAAGACCACCAGCGGUGCCACCGCCAACUCCUCAUGUGUUGUAUCCGCAACCAUCUCACCGGGUGGAGCCAUUCAGAUCGGAACCAUGUUGCCAGUCAAAUGGGAAGGUAUCUUCACCGGUUUGGAAUUCUACGUCAGAGCCAACCAACCAUUCACCGGAUUGGCUGUCGGUUAUGGCAGUUCUUUAGUGGCCACUCCAGUCACCUCCUCCUGGACUAAAUUCACCUACACAAUGGCUCAGAUCGGUGCACCAGCAGACAUCGGUAAACCAGCUCAUUUAGAUUUCAGAAACCCAACCAAUUCACCAUUCUCUCUUCAAAUUGAUGGAAUUAAGUUUACCACAAAUUAA